AUGGAAAUAGUAAUGAUGAUACAUAUAUUGCUGAAAUUAUAUUCAAAAUAUAAAUAUGGAACAGAUAUAAAAGAUAAGUAUGUCAUUGUGAGGAUGCAAAAGUUCAAAGUACGUUUUAUUGUUUUUAUAUAUCUUAUAAAUAAAGGAGUAGAUAAUGGUGAUGAUACUAUUAUUGACUACAAUAAAUAUGAGAGAUUAGCCAUCAGUGAAUCAAGUGAAUCAAGUGAUUCCAAUAAUGCCAGUGAUUCUGAGGAAUAUAGCAAUCAAAGUAGAAAUGAACCAGCAAUUGGUUUUAUGAAUUUGAAUGUCCUUGAAGAAAAUUAUGUUAAUGAUAUUCACUCUAAAUAA